CAUCAGUGCAGACCAUUUUAUCGUUUCGGACAGUUUAUUUCGUCAAUAAGGAGCGAAAAACUUUUUUUUUCUACAUCACUUAAACAUCAUCCCUCCGUCUCAGAGUCGCGAAGAAAAGACGUGUAGUUAAGUUUGGUCCCUGAAUUUUCAAUCUUUAACCACCACAAACUCCGCAUUUUCCAUCUGCAGUCCAGUAAAAAAGUGGACUUUUUUUUCUCUCUCGAGAAAAGUGACUAAGAGGGAGUCUGUGUGGUCUAGGAAUGAGUUUUGUGUUCCAUUUAGAUGUGAUUUUUGGUUGAAUUUGCAAAUUUUCAAAGCAGGAAAAUAUAUAAUUUGUGGGCCAAGAGGCGACUUUUUCAGUGGAGACGGAUUUUUUUUUCUCUUCUUCCUCGAGCAUCGUACAAAAGUUGCAGGAGUGUAUACUCCAAUAUACUUUUCUUCGCCAACUGAAAUAAUUGUGUGUGUGUUAGUGUGUGUCGAAGCAGGAAUUCAUGGGGAUAGUUAAGUUUUAAAUAAAUUGCUGCUGCUGAAAAGAAUAUAGGAGUAGGAGCUAAAACAGUGACUCAGGAAAUGACAAUACCAACAAUUCCCGGCCAAACCUAAAGACAUCGAAUUAAGGAGGAAAAGAAGCAGGAAUCAACUUAUAAUCUACAUCUGCAAUGUCAAGGCGAACUGUGAUCAACAAUUCUGGUUUAUUGGAUAGUUAUCAGCCCUGGCGCACAGGGGACUUGUGGAAGGGUGCUAAAGAAUUCACGUGGUGAGUACAGGAGGAUUCAGCGUGAAGGGUGUCCUCGUGGUGUUUGGUGAUCGUGGAAGUGGAGGACACGGCUGUCCCGGAGCUUGGCGGGAACCGAGGCAUGUUUAUUCCAGACUCGCUGAGGAGCUGCAUGAUCGAAACGGACGUCACAUCUUACCUGCAGACACCAUCCUCAGGACAGGAUGAAUUUCAUCCCUUUAUUGAGGCCCUCCUGCCAUUUGUUAAGUCAUUUUCAUACACAUGGUUCAACUUGCAAGCGGCGAAAAGGAAGUACUACAAAAAGCAUGAGAAGAAAAUGUCCCUGGAAGAGGAGAGACACUGCAAAGAUGAACUGCAAAAUGAAAAGGCUGAGGUAAAGCAAAAAUGGGCCUCGCGACUGCUGGGUAAGCUACGAAAAGACAUCACGCAGGAGUGUCGUGAGGAUUUUGUACAGAGCAUAACGGGGAAGAGGCAAUCGAUAUGUGUGCUGUCGAAUCCGGACCAAAAAGGCAAGAUGCGUCGCAUUGACUGUCUACGUCAGGCAGAUAAGGUGUGGCGUCUGGACCUUGUGAUGGUAAUCCUAUUCAAAGCCAUCCCACUUGAGAGCACAGAUGGGGAGCGCCUGGAGAAAAAUCCUGAAUGUACUAAACCUGGCCUAUGUGUCAAUCCCUACCACAUUAAUGUCUCUGUGCGCGAACUGGACCUCUAUUUAGCCAAUUUCAUUAAUAGUCACGGUGAGUGGAGGUCCUGGUCGGAGGACCGAGAUCCCACUGAUGGUGUCUUUCCUUCCGCAGAAGCACUAAGUCCACCGAUUUACAACAACAAUAAAAAGGAUGACGAAGGCAAGCGCAAAGAGUCUCCAUCGACGGGUUAUACUCAUAAUCCGUACAAUGGUGUUGUCUGCAAUGACAUCAUACUGGCGACAGGUGUCUUCUCAUCGCGAGAGCUAUGGAAAUUGUCCAAAGGCUCAAUUCUCGAUGAGGGCGGAGAUGGAUCCGGUGGAAUCCAGAGCAAUGCCAACACCAUCAAAAUGGAGAAUUCAGCUCCUUACUAUUGCAAUAGCUACUCUCUGUCCACAGCACCUCCUAGUCUUGUGUCAGAUCGAAGUCAAGGAUCUUCCAUGGUCGUCUCGAGUGGAUACAUUGAUUUAGUGGAUCCUCGAGCUAUGCACCUGUCAAAUUCACCCCUGCUUCGAGGUCAGGGGAAAAAUGACACGUGUUCAUCUCCUCCAGAUGCAUCCAAUAGUUUUCCCGUGAUCCUUCGAUCAGGCGAACAAUUGGGUGCUACAACUGGUAAUGCGUUGCACAAUUCCCUGCCUUUACAACGCUACUCGGCCCAUCCUAGGCUCGUGGCAGUUGGUCAGGCCAGACCUGAUGACGUGAUGAUGACGCAUGGGGCAAUGGGUUCCGUUCCAGCUACCUCAGCGCCAACUGCAUUCUACCAACACAGUCCUGGCGAUGGUUCUGAGGUAGCCCAUGCGGAGCACCAUCAACAACCACCUGAGGGUCAUUCACACAGCAAGUAUCCAGAGAAUGGGCACGACACAUUGUCAGACUUUGUGACAUUUGUGUGCCAAGAGGCUGAAAACUCACCGCAGAAUGUCCAAGUGCAGCAGGUUCUAUCACGCAGUCCCAAGCCGCAGUAUUCGCAGUACAGUUCAAUGCUGCCACCACCACCUCUGCCUCCUAUGGCCAGGCCUGUUGCCAUUAUUCGGUCAACAGGUGACCUUACGAUGAUAACCUCACCACCUUCCUCCAUUACACCGCCUGCAGCAGCUGCCCUAUCAUCACCUCAUCAGGAACCUGAAGCUGGUUGUGCGUCUGCAGCUGAAAUUGGUUCUUCGCCACCUCUCAGUCCACAACUCGAAGCUUCGACUAGGAAGUCUUUGACGCGAAUUUCAAGUCCCUAUUCACUGGGCAGGGAGUACGCAUUCAAUCACUUCCAUAGUCAACCAGCACAGCUUUUUAGUUAUACGGGAGGAGGACAGUCUGUUGCUUCGUCCACUAUGUCAGGAGUCAUAAGUCCCACCAACUUAAGCCUGUACUCCUCACCUGUUACCACACCGCGCACCACCUCACGAUCAAGGUGGAAUGCACCUUUUCUUCUGGAGGAAGAUUUUGGUAUGAUCACUCACCCAGUAUCCAACAAUACGCCAGAAGCCAACACAGUCAUCCUCAUGGAAGAAGAUCGCUUUUUCCAACAGAGUACGACAGCUGUUGACGUGAUUGACAAUACGGGUCACGGGAUAAUAAGCCGUGAUCAUGGUGUUACGUCAAUUAAUACAGGGGUAGAUGGAAAUGUGUCAAAAACGGACAAUGUUCUCAUUUCACCAAAAUCUGAGAUCUUGUAGUGUUAUUUGUUGCGGCAUGAGAGAUUUUUCGGUCAAGGAAAAGCCUAAGGUAAUGUGCCUUAGUUCAGAAACACACACACACAGUCAUUAAAAAUGAAUUAAAAAAAAACUUGUGAAAUUUUACUAAUAUGUAAUCCAAUUGCAUCUUUUUACAAUUAGCAAUAUGAGAGACUUUCUUCCAUAUUAUGUAAAAAAAAAUAUCUAAGGCUUUGAAGAAGUUUUGAGGCGAAAUUGAAGUAGAAAGAUUCUUAACUGAAAGUGUAAAUUUUGGUCAAUUUACACUUAUGAUAUUUUGGACAUGAAACUUACAAUUUUGGUCAACAAUUGUAAGUUGCAUUGUUCAAGAUUCAGAGGGAUUCUUUCCUUCAGUUUUGCUCGAAAAUUCUUCAAAGAACCAUACUAAGGAAAAAGAAAACUUUAAAAGAGUUUAUUUGUGAUUCCAAAGAGCAAUUAAAGUUACUCAAAGCGAAAUAACCUGUAGAAAACUAUCAAAAUACUCAAAAAAAAUAUAAUCAAAUUAUCUUCAUUAAGAAUCCUCUUUCAAUUAACAGAAGAAAAAAUAUAGAAAUAAUUUUGUGCUUCCACUUAAAAUGGUCACUUAAUUUUACCCUCUUUUUGUUUUCUCAAAUGUGGUCAAUAGUAAAUAACGGGAAACUCUAGAGCUAACUUAAAAAAAAAAAUUGAAAAAUUUACACGAAUUAAGGAGAAUUUGUAAAAAUUAUGGUGCAAGAAAAUAUAUUUAAAAUUUUAAGAAAAAAAAUAUUAAACAAUAACUGAUUAAUAUAUUUACACAACGUAAAACGAAGAAAAAAAAACCCUAAAAUUUAGAAUUGUUAAAUACAAUAUUAAAAAAAAAAGAGAAAACGGAGAAAGAUUACACUGUAGGCUCAUUAACACUUUAUAAGGUAGACUUUACACAUUUAAUUACUCUUUAUUGAAUUUCUAAAGAAGUUUUAAAAAAAAAGUGGUCAAUAAGUUAGAAUAUUUCGCGUAGAAGAGCGGUAAUAAAACUAAUGGUAGAUUGAGAGAAACAUUAUAAGUUAAAAGAAAAAGAAAACACGAGGAAGAAAACAACGAGAGGAAGCAUUAAUUAAAAAUAUAUAGCCAAAUAUUGCCUUGUAGACUUGGUCAAAUAUUUAUACAUUAAUAUAUUUCAAGAUGAUGAAAAAAAAAUUACAAUAACCAUAUACACAAUACACAAGUUAGAAAUUAUAUUAAAAGAAAAGAAAAAAAAAGAACAGAAAAAA